UUCACUGCUGAUGUAGGUCCUGCCCACAACGCGCAGCUCUGAUAUGCAACUUGACCUGACCUGGUGUAAUCCACGGAGCCGUUUUUGCUUUGGUAGACAAGGUCUCGUCCGAUCACUUCAUCUCGCCGUCGUCCUCUCGACGGCUCAUCCACUCGCGCGACUCUAACCAGUAGCCACAGCCUGCUGUCCAAACCGCGCAUUAGGAGAAGUGAACGAUGCGGUGAGAAAGCAUUGUGGGAGGACUCUGUGGAUGACAGGCUUUUCACGAGGAGGUAGAGAGGCGAACAGGGGAGCUCGAGCACGAUUCAAGCCCUACGGAAUCCCGACUUGUUUAUCCGGUACCGGGCACAGAGGAGCACCGUCGCGCAGUCUUUACGCACAACCAAGGAGCGAACUCAGGGGCGUCUGUCUGUCACCAACAUGUCAACGGCAACAGCUUCAGUAGCAGAUGUUUCCAGGACUGAUUUCACAAACAGAGAUGACAGCCGUGAGCGGAAUAAAUCAGCUCAGUCCCAGGCUCAGUGCACACCCGUUCCACUGCCAGCCCUGGGCACACAGAAGAUCAUUCAGGGUAACGGUACCAAUGUGGGCACAGUCAUUUCCCUGCAGUGCCCAGCCAAACACAGACUCAUCGGAAGUGAGCUGAUAUGCAUCAUGGACACCAACAGCACCCACUGGGUGGGGGAAACCUACUGUAAACCUCUGUCUCCCUUGGAGGACUUUGGUUUCCGUGUGGCUGUGCUGGCAUCCAUUGUAAGCUCAGCCAUAAUCUUCCUCAUGUCCGUGGCCUUCAUCACCUGCUGUUUGCUCGACUGCAUCAAAGAGGACAAAGGGAAACAGGAGGAGAGGGAGUCAGACAUGUGGCAGUGGGAGGAGCAGGCCCAACAUCGGGAGGACCACAGGUCACGUUACAGCCAUAAAGGCAGGAACAACAACAACAACAACACCCAGGAGAAGGUGCUGUCACUGUGGGACACUCGUAACUCAGCCAUGUGUGACAACAUGGGGGCCUGCAGAUGUCAUCAGCAAUGCGCUUAUGGCGCCGACCGCACAUAUGCGCCCACUCCUCUGCUUUCUGCUCUCCCCGGCCAUGACUAUGACCAGCCUCUCCUACCCAGAAACCCAGAAUCUGCACAGAUCUCCGGUCUGCCACCUCAGUACUUCAGACCUCUUCCGUCCUCCUGUCAAACUGCGACCCCAGCGGGACCUGGUUUGGUGUGGCAGCACGGAGGAAAGCAGACCAGUUUCUCAGGAGUGAACCCACCGAACACAGAUCAGUCCGAUGCGAAGAAUAUGAACCCUGCCAAAGAACUUUCCAUACGGAUUAUAUCAGUGUGAGGACAUGUUACACAUCAGUCAAGAACACGUUUACUGAGCAAACAUGUGCAACAAAUGUCAUCUGUAUCGACAAGGAGAAGUAAUAAUUGAACAUUCCUGGUCUGGUUGAGGUAAUUGUGUGCACAGUGCUUCACAGUAUGAAGGCUCUAUAGGCAAACAAUCUGACAGAUUUAUGUGCCUUUUGUAAACUGUGAUGGCACACUGCCCUCUGUCUGAAAAAGGAAGCCAUUACAUUUUCAUGAUACCUUGUAGGAUGACUCUCCCUAGAAGGUCAAGGUACUUUCAUGCCCUUAAUUGAACUUAUUCAGAAACCAGUUAAAUUGUGGUGUUGAGGUCAAAGUUAACCGUUGACGUGUGUGUAUGGACAAAGAUCACCACACACUGUGGGCAGCUAAGGAAGCAGAGAAACUCAUCUAAGGCAGUUUGUCAGAGGGCAGAUAGACUGUGUAAAUAUAGUUUUUAAAGAAUGUAAAUAAAUUAAAGGACUUCUACUGAUAACGAGUGAGAUUGUGUUGAAACAUUUCUCUCUCAAGCAAAUGUUUACAAGCCCGUGUGAUAAGCAGCAGUACAGUGAUUUUAACUGUAGGUGUAGUGAUGUACACACAGAAGUGACAUUGCAAAGAAUGUAUGCACAAUAAAAUUUAUUAUCAAUUACUUAUUGAAAGGAAUUAAAUAAAGUGAGAUAAAUGACA